AUGCCGGUGGUUUUAGGCAAAUCAGACGAGGGUGGAUACUACAAGACGUACGGUAGCGACGCCGAGGGCGAGAAGGGUUACUUGACGGCAAUCUACAGCAAGGGUAAUCACGGUUAUAAGACCCUCGACACCUUCCACAAGCAGGAUGGCGACAAGUACGCAUUCGAGAAGCACGCCGCCUACGGCAAAGCGCGUGCUGACAAGAAAAGUAGCCACAACGACGAGGCAGGCAGCUCUCGUUCUGGGAAAGCCGGUGAUCACGAGGGCGCAGGCACCAUCGUCGAUACCCAUUAUGCAACCUACGGGAGUGAUCAUCGCGAUGAUGGCGGCGAACACCAUGGUGAAGCCAACGGGAGCCAUACUCACGAGGAUGAGUCUCACUAUACGGAUCAUGGGCCAGAAUCUUCGAAUUACGAGCACGGUGGAAGCUACACAGACGGAGAGCAUGGUUCUUACGGAAGCCAUAGCUCCUAUUCGAGAAGCACUGGCGACGAACACAAUGAUAACGACGAUCAUUACUAUUAA